AUGGCCAGCCAACAAAAUCAAAAUUUCCUUUCCAAUCCGACCACAGCCAUCAGCACGAUCAUCAUCUUUUCCAUGCUUAAUAUGCCAAUCAUGGCGGUGUUUUUAAAGUCACAGUGUAGCUCGGGCAUUUGGGAAGAUGGGAAAGAUUUCUGCUUUUAUUUUUACGGAACUGACAAAGCAAUUAGGACUGAUUCAAUCCAAAACGCUGAAAACUACUGCGCCUCGAAUCAGCAAGUACUGAUAAAAAUUUAUAAUUCCAAGAUGAAGAACUUGCUCUCUGAUGCCAUAGUUAAUUGGGACAGCAGUAUACAUCCACUGCAAGGUUACUAUUUCACGAUGGGACUGCAAGAAACUAAUGGUGCAUGGGGCUGGACGGAUGGAACCCCAUUAACCUAUACAUCAUGGGCUAAAAACGAGCCGAUGUCAUACUUCUCAUGCGCUUACGUUGUCUACAACUUGGUUGAGAUAAACUGGUUUUCUGGAUCCUGCGUUGAUCCACAUAACUUCAUUUGCAUGGACCCGAUAUUUUACACUAGAAAAACAAGUGUGGCUACCACAAGGGCUACUACUAUUAAAGCAGAAUUAACAACGACUACUAGAAGUAACAUUGAAGCUGAAACUGCUGCUACUAAUGUUAUUUCAAACUCAAACACGGAUGGAACAACCCUCUUUAUACCCACUGUUACUCCUAUGACUAAUCGAGUGACCAAUGACCCAGAAUAUAAUGCCAAAACCGUUGGCAUUAUAGCUGGAUCAGUGAUCGGUUUUCUGGUUCUUGCAGCCAUCAUAGGUGUCAUCGUCUAUUUUGUGAUCAAACGAAGAAAAAGAUCCCAAUUAUCCAAUACAACUCUCAAUCUAUCAAUCCAUCCGGUUGUCGGUCCAUCUGGAGAUGGCCAGUAUUCGAAACUGGAGCAUCCGAUGGAUGACUUUUUGUCUGGAAUCAUGGGACUGUCGGAUAAUCAAGAAGCGAGGUACAACGACGAUAUUUUCGGUGUCGGAAUCGGUUUCGGAAGUGUCGGUUUCGUGAAUAACGGUACCGGAAACAUCGAUUUCGGAAUGGGCGGUCUAGGUAAUUUCGAUGGUAGCAACCAAAGAUCGGAAAACGAUUAUGUCGUCGGUAGAAGUAUUGGGAAUAAUAAAAUAAGUAAUAAUAAUAAUAAAAUGAAUAAUAAUGAUAAUAAGACGAAUAAUAAUAAUAACCUACAAAUACCAGCAAAUUUACAACCGGAUGAAGUUCAAAAUAAUAAUAAUAACAACAACAAUAAUAAUGAUGAUGAUGAUGCAUAUGUGAAUGAUGAAGUCAUAAACAAAAGUAGCCUCAAGCAAAAUAAUAAUAAUAAUAAUAACAAUGAUAAUAAUAAAUUUGAUCAGCAAUAUGACCGUGAUAUAUUCGGUAAUAACAUCAACAAUAACCUGAACAAUAAUAACAACAAUAACACUUAUGGCUGUGAUAAGGAUAAUGAUGAUUAUUAUUAUUGA